AGACGUGACUCAAAGCUUAGUCACAUUAUGGACUCGAUCCGGCACUCGCUCGCCCAUGAACAUGAAAAGCUACCCGGCGAGAGUGAAGCUCAACACCAAGGAUCCGUGGCCGUGAACAGCGAAUCGGGCAACAACGGCUCGAUCAGUCCCUCUUUACAAGCAGUCGCCUCAUCCAAGCUCAAUGAGAAUAAUAUGGGUGAACACUCCCAUGAACUGGGGGACACCUGGGGUUGGCCAGGUCUUGGUACUUAUGCAUCGAAUGAAUCUCCAAGGACGUCGACGUCGAGACAAGAAUCAACCCCUCCAAGACGCGAAUCGGUGCCGACAAGAAAGGAGUCUGAGCCGUCAAGAAGGGAAUCAACGACAUCUCAGGCCAGCAAGAAGAGCCACGACACCCAAACCGGCUGGCCAGGCCUGGGUCCCUUCCCCGAAGACGUG